CCGCAGGGCUGCUGCCGUUGCUGCUGUUGAGAGGCGGCGGCGGGAAGGAUGGUGUUUGCGCGGCCGGAGCGGCGGGCUGAGGAACGGCCGACGCAGCGGCGCUGAGGCAGCGUGGAGAAAGGCAGGACCGGCGGACGGAAGGCCACCCGAGAGCCGGUCCCGGGGGCGAGAUGCCGGGGCCUCCGUCGCGGCUGCUGCUGCUGCUGCUGCUGCUGCUGCUCCUGGUCCUCCUGGGCGCCGGCCAUGCCGGGGCCGCGCCGCUUCCGCAAACAGGUGCAGGGGAGGCCUCUGCUGCAGAAGUCCCCUCGUCUUUUGUGAUCCUGUCUGUGUGCAGUUUGAUUAUAUUAAUCGUGUUAAUUGCAAACUGUGUGUCCUGCUGCAAGGACCCAGAGAUAGACUUCAAGGAGUUUGAGGAUAACUUUGACGAUGAAAUAGACUUCACGCCACCAGCUGAAGACACUCCGUCCAUCCAGUCCCCGGCAGAGGUCUUCACUCUCUCAGUGCCAAAUAUCUCCCUGCCUGCCCCAUCCCAGUUCCAGCCUUCUGUAGAAGGUUUGAAGUCUCAAGUAGCCCGCCACAGCCUCAACUAUAUACAGGAAAUCGGGAACGGCUGGUUUGGGAAGGUCCUCCUCGGAGAGAUUUACACAGGCACCAGUGUAGCGAGAGUGAUAGUGAAGGAGUUAAAAGCCAGCGCGAGCGCCAGGGAACAAGAUGCCUUCCUGAAAGAUGGAGAACCGUACUACAUUCUUCAGCACCCGAACGUUCUGCAGUGUGUCGGACAGUGCGUGGAAGCGAUCCCCUACCUUCUGGUGUUUGAGUUCUGCGAUCUGGGCGACCUGAAGGCCUACCUGCGCAACGAGCACCUGCGGGGGGGUGCGCAGAUCCUGCUGCUGCAGAGGAUGGCGUGCGAGAUCGCUGCGGGGCUGGCGGCCAUGCACAAGCUGCACUUCCUGCACAGUGACUUAGCAUUGAGGAACUGCUUCCUGACUUCCGACCUAAACGUCAAAGUGGGGGACUACGGGAUAGGCGUGAGCAGGUACAAGGAGGACUACAUUGAAACAGAUGGCAAGCGAAUGCUUCCCCUGCGCUGGACGGCACCCGAACUGGUCACCAGCUUCCAAGACAGGGUCCUGACCGCAGACCACACCAAGAACAGCAAUAUCUGGUCCCUCGGCGUGACGCUCUGGGAGCUUUUCGAUGGCGCUGCCCAGCCCUACUCCAGCCUGUCCAACCUGGACGUCCUGCAGCACGUCAUCCGCGAGCGGCAAGAGAGGCUCCCCAAGCCGCAGCUGGAGCAGCCCCACUCUGACCGCUGGUACGAGGUGCUGCAGCUCUGCUGGCUGUCCCCCGACAAGAGGCCGGCGGCCGAGGACGUGCACCGGCUGCUCACCUACCUGCGCAUGCAGAGCCAGCGCGACUCGGAGGUGGACUUCGAGCAGCAGUGGAACGCCCUGAAGCCCAGCACGCACAGCCGGGACGCGUCCAGCAACGCCGCCUUCCCCAUCCUGGACCACUUCGCCCGGGACCGGCUGGGCCGCGAGCUGGAGGAAGUCCUGACCGUGACCGAGACGAGCCAGGGCCUGAGCUUCGAGUACGUGUGGGAGGCCGCCAAGCAUGACCACUUCGAGGAGCACGGCCGGGGCCGCCCGGACGAAGGCCUGUCCUACACCAGCGUCUUCUUCCCCGUCGAAGUGGUGGAGAGCUCGCUGACGGAGCCGGGGUCCGGCCAGCAGGACGACAGCGGCCAGGACGUGCCCCUGCGGGCCCCUGGCGUGGUCCCUGUUUUUGAUGCCCACAACCUCUCUGUUGGCAGCGACUAUUACAUCCAGCUGGAGGAGAAAAGUGGGGGCCACCUGGAGCUGGAUUAUCCGCCUGCCCAGCUCACGACCGAGCUGGAAAACCCUGACAGGACGGGCGCUGAGGCGGCCGCGUUCCCAGCUCUCCGGGGCCUGGAGCUCGAGGAGUCGAGCGUGGAUGAGGAUUUGUUCCAGGGCAGUGCGGCUCCCGGGGCGCCCAGCCUGGCCGAGGAGCUGCGGGUGGCCGUGGGCCCCGAGAGCCCAGCCCUCGGCCUGUUCAAUGAGCUUGACAAACCUGAGGACCGGCCCGGCCACCAGAGAAUAUUCGACCUCAUGGAAUUAGAUGGGAUGCAGGCAAACUUAAGGACAGUCUCUUUAAGCUCAGGUCCGAAGGAGCCCCAAGAACCGGCAACGAUGCCACCGCUGGAGAGACAAAAUCCCCCCAGUUUGUUUGACUGCGAGCCCCUCGGCUGGCCGGGAGACGUCGCGCUCCAGGACGGCCUCGAUCCCCUGAAUGUGCAGGAGCUGUCAGAAAACUUUGCGUUCCUUCAGGAAAAGAACUUGCUGAAGGGCUCGCUGUCCGACAGGGCUCGUCCGAGUGGUCUCCAGGCGGAGCUGCAGGCAGCGGGUGCCAGCAAGAUGCCAGCCGAGACCUCAGGCGGAAGCUCUGCAGACACCGAGCUGGUGUCGGCGGGCAGUACCUCAGGGGUGCCCUCCGUGCGGCAGAGCAGGGGUCAGGAUGCGGGCCCCUCGCUGCCGUCUUCCCCCGCGACCUCGCUCCAGGCUGAGGGAGAGCUCCCCGACCUGAAGCCCGGGGAGACCCCGCGCCCCUCUGCGGAGGGCAGCGUCCUUGGGGAGUGUCCCCGCCCGGAUGCAGAGCCCGUGGCCGUCCCGGCAGAGGGCAGCCCCGCAGGCAUGGGCACUGGAGCCGAGGACUCGGCCCACUGCGGCGAGGAGGCCCUGAAACCAAGCGCCAGCGGCGCUGCUGCCCGUGGCGGCCCCCCGGAGCGGAGCCUGGGCGAGGCGGGCCCAGGAGAGCCCCCCGCUCAGCACCUGCCGCCGCCGCAGCGCGGUUACCCCGCGGGAGCAGGCCUGGCAUCCGCCCUGUCCUCCGACUCCACCAGCCAGGACAGCCUCCUGGAGGACAGCGUGGCCACGGCCGUGCUGAGCUCAGAGCAGUCCGCCGAGACCCCCGACUCCCUGGACUCGCUGGACGUCCACGCGGCGCUGCUCGACUCGCUCGGCUCCCGCUCGCCGCAGAAGCCGCCUGCCCCCGAGAAGCCGGCGGACAGCGGCUACGAAACCGAGAACCUCGAGUCCCCCGAGUGGACGCUGCACCCCGCGCCCGAGGGCGCCACCUCCGGCGACGGGGCUCCCGGCGCCGCGCCUCCCAACCCGGUCAUUGUCGUCUCGGACGCGGGCGACGGCCACAGAGGCGCCGAGGCGGCCGUGCACGCGUGCUCCCAGGGCUCCUACCGGGACUCGGCCUACUUCUCUGAUAACGACUCUGAGCCUGACCGGAAGGCCGAGGAGGCCCCGGGAACCUCCUCCAUGCCGGCCUCGGUGCUGGCUGAGAGUCAGCCCCCGCCUGAGCCGGACAUCCCGGAGCCGAGAGCCCAGGCCCAGGACGGUGGCCUGGAAGCGGGGCCCAGCCAGCCAGACCCUUGCGGCUGCUCCUCCGCCCUGCAGGAUUCCGGUGACCUGGAGUGGAGAGCCACGCCGGAGCCCGCCCUGGCCGAGGUGGCUGGCGAGGCGUGUCCUGCGGAGGACGAGGCCAGCAGCCCCAUGGGCCUGUGGCACUCGGAGCUGAGCAGCAGCGAGGACUUGGAGGCCCCGGAAGAUCGGCCCUGCACGCUCGCCUCCACUGGAACCAACACGCACGAGCUGCUGGCCUACACGCACGCUGCGGCUGAGAAGCCCUUGUCCUGCCACUCCGAGGGCCCCAAGUUCAAGGAACCGGACGUCGAAGGCAAGUACCUCGGGAAGCUGGGCGUGAGCGGGGCGCUCGACCUGGCCGAGGACGGCGUGGACGCCGACGAGGAGGACGAAAACAGCGACGACUCGGACGACGACCUGCGGGCCUUCAACCUGCACAGCCUGAGCUCCGAGUCGGACGACGAGCCGGAGCGUCCCGUGCCUGUGGUCCUGAGCAGCGACGACGGCAGGCACCUGCGCAGCCUGCUCAAGCCGGCGGCGGCCGAGCCCGGGCCGCUGCCCGAGGAGCGGAGGGAGAAGAAGGCCGUCACCUUCUUCGACGACGUCACCGUCUACCUGUUUGAUCAGGAAACUCCUACCAAGGAGCUGGGGCCCUGCGUGGGAGAAGCACGUGCUCCCGAGCCCUGCAGCCCGUUGCUAUCCGCGGGGCCGCCCUGCCUGAGCAGGUGUAUAAAUUCCGAAAGCUCCACUGAUGACGAAGGUGGAGGCUUUGAAUGGGACGACGACUUCUCCCCUGACCCGUUCAUGGCCAAGACCACGAGCAGCCUUCUGGCCUCGCAGGCCACCCUGCAGUCCAAGUACUUCUCCCCGCCCCCUCCCGCCCGCAGCCCUGAGCCCAGCUGGCCUCCCCCAGCGCCCUGCUCCAGGUUCUCCAUCUCGCCUGCCAACAUCGCCAGCUUCUCGCUCACACACCUCACAGACUCGGACAUGGAGCAAGGAGGAAGCAGCGAAGACGGAGAGAAAGAUUAGGCAGCUGCGGUCAGCUCCGGCUUGUGGCCUGCGUGACCUGCCGAGAGACGUCCGCCGGCGUUUGCUGACAUGAGAUGUGGGGGAGGAAGCAGGAGGCGCACACGGAGGUGGCCCUGAGCCCUGUCCAGUUCGGGGCCUUCAGAGAGCCCGACUGGGGCAGGUCCCGGGUCCCCGGCCGCUUGAUGCGCUGCCACGCCGGGGUCCCGCUGAGGCUGGGCACAUGGGCUGUGCGUCUGUUCUCCGAGGAAGCCCUGUGCCCUCCCGGUACCUUAGCACAGGUGCCACGGAGGACGCUUGAGGGGAACGGUCACGAGUGAGCCAUAUUUAUUACUUUUCAAGAAAUCACUAAUUGCUUUCUGUAAUUGCACUGUGGAUAAAUGUUCUAUGAGUUCCCAAUAUUGUACAGAAUCUUAAAUUAUUCAAGGAAAACAAGGCAGGACAAGCUGGUGCCACCCACUUGUUUGAUUUCUUUCUCUGUUUCAUGGUUUGUUUGCCCUGCACGGUACUUGUAAAGCUUCAGAAUUCUGCGUGCCAGGCCAUCUUCCAGGUGGCUGGACUGCGCACAUGGCACUCACCGGCCACAGUGACCCUGGGCAGGACUGGCCUCUGUGCUGUCGUUAAUGAAUUCAGAAAUGCCGCUGAUGUGUUGUUGAGGCAGACACAUGUCUGUCUUGUGGCCUGGGACCUCGGCUGGCUCUUUCUCCCUGCCUCACCCCUGAACUCGGCUCUGGCUGCGAUGCCCAGGUCCCUAGCCCUUCCCCAAGGGCCGGCUGACAGCAAGACCACCACAGGGAGGAAGCAUCGGCGGGCAACUCCGGCAUCCGGGGCAGCUCCGUUCUCUUUGUUCAUGUCACAUCCUGUAUCUGACUUCGAGAAAGCAUCUUCAGGCUGGACUUUCUGCUCCGAGCCCCUGCAGGUCACAGCCUGGUGUGACAAGUGUGUAACCCAGCAAACACAUCGCAUCGCACAGCUGCAAGGAGGAACAGAGACGGACGGCAUUGGAGCCUGAGCGGCCACACAUGUGAGCCCGGGGAUCCUGGGCUCAGUGCCAUGCCUUCCCCCUGCUUGGAGCAGGCCCGGUGUGUCCCGGGCUCCGUUCUCGCCACCGAGUUCUGUGCUCAACUGAGGAACUGGCCAGCGACCAGCGUGGCCACACGUGGGCCCCUCUUCACACCGGAGCUACCCAGGGAGGAGCUUGGGCAUCGGACCGGUCUACGCUGCGACUUAUGACCUGUGUCUGUCCGGGCUCGCCGCGUGCUGCUCUGAAGCAAUAACUCCCCCGGGCGGGGGACUUGAGAGCAGAGUCCCCGACCCACCCCAUAUCCCCCCCCACGUGACCAGGCAUCCCGGGUUCUGCCGAGCACGCUGCCUCCUGUGCUCAGGCACCAGGGGCCAGUAUUGCCAAAUCCACCCUCUGGCAGCGGAGGCCUUGGGAGGGUUCCUGAGCGUCCGCACCCACCUGCCAGUCAGACCGCGAGGUCAGCCCAGGACACGGGGUGGCUACUUGGGAGCCGAAGUUUGUCCCCUGCACUGUGGAGCUCUUCACAGUAUCAUUCCCACUCUAUCUCAAGCCUGUGCGGCUCUCAUAAUUAAUUGCCAAAACAUUUUCUACAUUGAGUUGGGGGGUUAGAUCUGACUGUGGUCCCGCAUGGACUUACAUUUGUAAUGAACCACAGUUCACACUCUUCUGAGAUCACAAGCAAUACCCAUGAGAUUUAACCAAGUCGUUGUUUCCUUGUCGCCAGCCCUGUCUUGGACGGCCAGCAUGUGGCCUUGUGACCCGAUUCAGUGUUGCAGCCCCUUACCCAGCCACGGGGAGCCAUGCAAGACAGCUAGCUGGCCGCCCCUUCCGACUGCCCGGACCUGUGUCAGUGCUUGUCACAUGGUGGUUCCCAAUCCCAUCACCCAGGGCCCCUGCCCUCCGCCCCCUCAGUACGUGCUCAUCUGCGACCUCCAGCGGCCCAGGCAACAGCCAGGGAGGAGCCGAGACCCUCCGGGGGGCUAGCCCCGAGCCCACCCCGUGGAGACUGCAGAGUCUCCCACCGGGAUGCACAGGCCCGAGGGGUCCCGGAGAGGUGCCUCUGCCCCGGCGGCGGCGGUGGGGGUGAGGGCCCCACGCACGCGCAGCCUUAAAGCUACGACAGGCGUGCCCAGCUGCUUUCCCGCACACGUCCUCAGGGCGUGUGAGCACCGCAGGGCCACCCCUGGGCGGGAGCCAUGCAGCCAGCCCUGGCAUCCACAGGGCCCUGGGACGGGGUGUGUGAACCCUCACAGCCCCAGGCGCUGGCCCUGUCAUGGCAAUAGAACAGUCACUGACCUUCAGUUUAAAUUGUGUACAUUUUUAAAAUUGUAAGAUUUUUACUGUAUAUUGAUGCAUAGUGUGAUUCGAUAAAUUGCUUGUAAUUUAAAAACUAUUUAAUAUUCAAAAUAAAUAUAGUUAU